CCCAGCCCGGCCCGUCCCGGCCGUGGGCGGUGUUGCAGCGCCGAGGCAGGGCGCGGCGGGCGCUGCGUGCUGGGGCCGUGCGGGGCGGCGCCGAGCGGGAUGGGGACGGGGCCGGGCCGGGCGAGCCGCAGCUAGCGCCGCCGCGGCGGGAGAACAGGUAGGAAGGAUGAGCUCCUAUGCUGACAUCUGCGGGACCAAGCACACGCAGGGCAGCACUGAGGGAGGUUACCAACGCUAUGGAGUUCGGUCUUACCUGCAUCAGUUUUAUGAGGACUGCACAGCUUCAAUAUGGGAGUAUGAGGAUGAUUUUCAGAUCCAGAGAUCGCCUAGCAGGUGGAGCUCUACGUUCUGGAAGGUCGGACUCAUCUCUGGGACGGCUUUUAUGCUGAUCGGUUUAACAGUUCUUGUAGUGGGUUUUCUUGUGCCACCAAAAAUCGAAGCUCUUGGGAAAGAUGAUUUUGUUGUGGUGGAUACUCGUGCCAUUCAGUUUAAUGGGUCCCUUGAUAUAUGCAAGCUGGCGGGAGCAAUCUUGUUUUGCAUUGGAGGGACCGCCAUGUCAGCAUGUCUGUUGAUGUCUGCUUUUGCUAAAAGUUACUCCAAAGAAGAAAAGUACCUCCAGCAAAGAUUUAAAGAGAGAAUAGCAGAUGUAAAAGCCCAUGCAACCCCAGUCACAAAAGCGCCAGCACCAGGAGAAUCAAAGAUACCUGUCACUUUGUCCAAAGUUCAAAAUGUCCAACCUUUACCUGAAACCUGACCCUUUGGUUUUGUUUCUCACUUGUAGAUCACUUUACUGGAAAAUAUCAGCUGUUGUUGGCAUACGUGCUAGUCAAUUACAACAUCAAAUGCUCUGCUAUACAAAUUCACAGCUGAUUGGGAAGCUGUUCCAGUGCAAAUUUAGGACUGGGAGAAGUGAAAUUAUGUGAUUAGACCUGUGACCAAUAUAUGCAGUGUAUUCAAACAUUUUAAUCUGUGUUGAACCAGUAAGUCCUAUCAACAAUGAUUAGGUGUCUAGCUUACCAGAUUGCAUCCCUAGAAAAUACAAGGUGCAUUUAUGACAGCUGUACCAGGAAUACCUUACAUUGCACUGUUUAAAGUUUAGAUGAGUUGGUGUUUUGUUUUUUCUUGUCUUUAAAAUACUCUUUACUCUGCCUGGUUCUGCUGUCUAGAGAGCCAAGGUUCUGCCCUUGUAGUGUGCACUUGUCCUCCUAUCACAUGCUACAGUCCUCAUCGAAGUAAUAAUGCACAAGUAAAACAUACAUGACAUUGGAGUGUCCUUAGUUGGAUUCUGGCACAGUUUGCUUCUCAGUAAGGUUACUUUCUGGGAAAGGCAAAUUGUAUUUGUUUGCAGAACUGACACUUUUUUCUUAAUCAUUGUCAUAGUAAUAAUAAUAAUAAAAAAAAAAAAAGAAGGAAUUCAUAUGAAAGGAGGAACAUAACACGCGUCUAUCUUUGGUUUGAAAUUGUUUCUACUGUUACGUUGUAUUAUGUUUGAAACGCAUACAGAUCGUUUCAGUUUUGGCUGGGUAUGGAUUACUAGGUGCAGUUUGACAUGCCCAGGCCCUGUUUUAUGUCAGUACGUUAACGCCAUGUUAGAUGACUUUAACAUACUUAUCUAAAGACAUUUUGAAAUGCUGUUUAUAUUUUUAUAGAUGAUAGAAAAAGUUAUGCUUACCAGAUACAUUUGUGUAAAUGCUUUCCUGAAGACUUAUACUUUCAUUGAAGACCCUUGAUUAUUUUCUGACCUGGGGCAAUUAUUUCACUGUCUUAAUCUAUGGAUUUAAAUUAAACUGUUUAAAGGAGGAUGUGACAUUUGUAUUCUCUGACGAUAUGUGCCACCUUAUAGUUCUGUCUAUUUUUUGAAUGGAUUGAAUAAAAUUCUAGGCGUGAGCCAAUCAUGAA